UAUCAGUCGAGUGUUUGGAUGUGACAGAAAGAUGUGGAUGAAGCUGCUCCUGAUUGUGGCACUGGCUGGAAUAUACACCCAGGCCAAAGAGGACGGGAGAGGGCAGAUUUCUGGAGAAGUGGAGGAAGCCAGGUGGAGAGUUGCUGAAUCGCCUGAUGCGUUUAAAGUGCGACUGAGUCUGAAAUCUGCACUGGGAGACGAGGCUUAUACCUGGAACGAGAAUGAAUUGUACCUGUUUAGGGCUGCCAUGGCUUACACCAUGCGCCAGUAUUACAUGGCAGAGAAAGGACAACAGGUCAACUUCACGUCGGAAAAUAUUGUGACAUCCGAAGUGACUCCGAGGAUCUCGUUCUUUUUUUAUGUCACUAACCCUGAUGCCGCGGCGACCAUCACCAAAGCAGAGGUGGAGGCGGCUAUUCGGCUGUCAAGGGGCCGCAUCAAUAGCGCCUUCCUGCUCAGUGAUGACACGCUGGAGUUUGUAGGCCUCCUGGCUACGCUGUCCCCGCCAGCGGAGCCCACUGUAGAGGUGUGGCUGAUCGUCUUCGGAGUGGUCAUUGGAUUUGUGGUGUUGGUGGGAGUCUUCCUCAUUGUCAGUGGGUUUCGGAACAGGAGGAAGAGAAAAUUAAAAAUGGACGAUGAUGAUGAUGAAGGAAAAGCUGGUGAAGAAAUUGAGAGUGGGGGGGUGACAAAUUCAGGGUUUGAGGAAGAAGAUGACCGAAGGACACAACUCUAAAAGGUUUUGAGCAAUACAUCAUUAUAAUGUGUUAUAUAACACAGAUGUGCCAAAGUAUUCCAAAACUGUGACAGAAAUGUGUUAUUUUGUGAAUAGUAAAAUACACUAGAAUAGCAUAAUACCAGGACACGUAUUUUAAUAAGCUUUUGGAGAGUGUAGUUUUCUAUGUUUUCAACCCCAGUAGGUUGAAUUACCAAUUCAAUAUGUUCACAUUAUUUAGUUUUGUGCAUUAUCAUUUUAUGAAAUGUCAGCAUAGCUGUUUUCAAAUAUUUGUUAAAUGGAAUGAUGAGUCUUUUUAUAGCCACAUGUAUUUACUUACAUUAAUUUAAGAUUCACAUUAAAGUGAAAAUAUCCUAAGUCCUUA